UAGGAUGGAGUCGACGAUGAUUAUGUUGUGGGUGGUGGCGUUUGUGUCUGUGGUUUAUUUGGUGAUGAUGAAGAAGGGGAUUGGGAAGAGAAGGCUGCCACCGGGGUCGUUAGGAAUCCCGUUAAUCGGGCAAACCCUGGAGCUUCUUAAGGAGAUGCGAGCUGACACAGCUGAGGAGUGGUUCCAACAAAGGGCCCGAAAAUACGGACCGGUUUCGAAGAUGAGCUUAUUCGGAAAGCCGACAGUGUUACUAACGGGCCAAGCAUACAACAAAUUCAUAUUCACCAACGACGCGCAGACGUUCUCUAACAAGCAGCCACCGUCGGUGCGGCGCCUGCUCGGCGAGAGGAAUUUGUUCGAGAUGAUCGGUGAAGAUCACCGGCGGAUGAGAGGAGCAAUCCUUUCCUUCUUGAAGCCAGAAGCCCUCAAACAGUAUGUGGGGACGAUGGACAAUGAGAUCAGGUUGCACCUCGCCCAAUAUUGGCAUCACGAUCAUGUUAUCUCGGUGAUGCCGCUGAUGAAGACACUGACGUUCAAUAUGAUUUGCACGCUUCUGUUUGGAAUAGAGAGAGGAGAGAGAAGGGAAACCCUAGUGCAUCUCUUCGAACAACUGAUAGAGGGAACGCUUGUUUUACCGAUAAAUCUCCCCUUUACGAGCUUCAACAGAAGCAUACGGGCGAAAUCGAAAAUUGGAGCCAUGAUAAGGACACUGAUGCGCGAGAAGAGGGAGAAACUCGCCAGAGGAGAACCUGCACACGAUCUCAUCUCCCGCUUGCUCACCAUGUGUGAUGACUCCGGCUCCCCGCUCUUGUCUGACCAGGAAAUCGAGGACAACUGCACCUUGGCGAUGAUCGCCGGCCAUGAAACCACCUCCACGCUUCUCACAUACAUAGUCAAACUCAUAUCUGAACACCCCAAUAUUUAUCAACGUCUCCUCAAAGAGCACGAAGAGGUUGUGCGAGGGAAGAAGGGGGCAAGUGAUCCUCUAACUUGGGAAGAUAUUGGUAAGAUGAAGUAUACAUGGAGAAUUGGGAUGGAGGCGCUGAGGAUGUAUCCACCGAUAAUAUUCGUGUUUAGGACAGUGCUUCGUGAUAUUGAGAUAGGAGGAUAUGUUAUUCCUAAAGGAUGGCAUGUGCUCUGGACAACAUGCAUGACGCAGUUGGAUGGAUCCAUAUACCCGGAUCCGCACAAGUUCAACCCCUCCCGUUUCGAAGAUCAAGCAGCGAUGCCACCGUAUACCUUUGUACCGUUUGGAGGAGGUGCGAGGCUUUGCCCAGGCAACGAAUUUGCAAGAAUGGAGACGUUGGCUAUGAUUCAUUACUUGGUCACUCGCUUCACUUGGACGCUCUGUUUGGAAGAGAAUACGGUCAGUAGAGAACCCAUGAUGGCUUUCAAACAAGGACUACCCAUACACAUUAACAACAGAGAACCUUAUAAAACAUGAUGCAGUUUGUUACCUUUAUUUACUAGCAUAAUUCACACUUUCUCGUUAAAGGGUGAAAUAAUAAAUAUACUAGCUAGUAAUGAAGGUGAAAUAAUAAAUAUUACUUGUACGUGACUCAAUUUCUCAAAAUCAACUCGUAUAAUCAUAUUUGCAAUUAAGUCACUCAA